UAAAUGUGUUCAGAUUAAGCACCAGGCAGACGUCAAUAUGGCAUUCAAAUUAAAAUUAUUUGUAAUUUUAUUUACAGUAGUGUGCAUAAGUGCAGAAUAUAUCAGUUAUAGAGAUUACAAAGUUUACAAAAUAACACCAGAGUCGGAAAAUGAGUUGGCGAUUCUUAAAAAGGUUGAGAAAGAAAAUGAGUUUUUUUUUUGGAUGGAAGUCGGAAAAGUUGGGAGAGAUGUAAGGAUUAUGGUCCGUCCAGAUAAACAGAAUAAAUUUGAAAAGUAUAUGGCGAAUCUUGGACUAAAACCUUUUUUAUUCAUAGAUGAUGUACAAAGUUUAAUAGACGACCAGUUAAAAAAACCGUCAAGAGCAUCUCGACGCUCCGCCAAAUAUGAUUGGACGUAUUACCAAAAUUUUGAAGAGAUUUAUGACUGGAUGAACGAAACCGCCGCAGAGUAUCCCGAUAUUGUGUCAUUAAUAGACAUUGGAAGAAGUGUUGAAAAUCGACCCAUUAUAGGAAUGAAAAUUGAUUAUAAAAAGAAAGAGAAUCCAGUUAUUGGGGUGUUUGAAGGAACCCUUCACGCUAGAGAAUGGAUAACUCCGGUCACUCUUACUUGGAUUGUAAAAGAGUUUCUUACCAGCCGCGAUGAAAAGAUACGAUUUUUAGCAGAAAAUAUUGUUUGGCACGUUUUUCCUAUUACUAAUCCAGAUGGGUUCAUAUAUACAUUUACCGGUAAUAGAAUGUGGAGAAAAAACCGGAGCCGAGCUAAUUUCACAUCCUGCGGUCAAUAUUUGGAUGAUGACAUGAGCAACGGUGUUGAUCUUAAUAGAAACUUCGAUUUUGUAUGGAUGGAGGUCGGAGCAUCACAAAACCCAUGUAUUAACACUUUUGCUGGACCAAGGGCAUUUUCUGAACCAGAAAGUAAUGCCAUAGCAAGUCAUGUAUUAAGAUUGAAAAAGGAGGGCAACCUUAUGUAUUACUUUGCCGUGCAUUCUUAUGGUCAACUGAUCUUGGUUCCAUACAGUCAUGUUGGAGGUGCUGAUGUCCUUGAAGUGUCCAACUACGGAGACCUGUUUGAAAUGGCAAUAAAAGGAGCUGCAAAAUUAACAGAACGUCAUAAUACAUCAUACGCUGUUGGGACAUCGCUUGAUAUAUUAUAUCCAGCCUCUGGGACCGGUUUUGACUGGGCAAAGGGAGAGGCAAAUAUACCACUGGUGUUUUUGUAUGAACUUAGAGACCUGGGACAGUAUGGUUUUCUUUUACCACCAGAACAAAUAAUUCCGAACAGCGAAGAAGUAUUGGAUUCCCUCAUCGAGAUUGAUAGGGUAGCUAGACAAAUAGGAUAUUACUCGGAUGGUUAUGCUAUUAAAAUAAGCACAAUGUUACUGUUAAUAGCAUUGAUAUUUUCUUGUAUGAUAUAAAUUACUUUUAAUUAUAUCCGUAUGAAAUAAAUAUGAGUCAUUUACAAAUAA